AUGGAAGAGCUUCUCGUCUGCUUCCUUCUUAUUUUCCUUCGGGUCCUCUCCCAGGAUCCUCAAAAGGAGCCAGAACGUCGGAUGCUCGCUUUCUACAUGCUUGCUAUCUACGAGAAACAUCGCAAUGGUUUUCGUCUUAUGGCCCAGUUCCAUGCUUUUUGCAAGCGUGAACUAAACAUUCCCCGGGCCAUAAACACAAAUCCAUUAGCAAAUCCUGGAACUCUUGUCGUUCGCUGUGGCGAUAUUAUCGAAAACAUCGUCCACAAAUAUGGAGUAAUUCCGACCAUUGCCGAUUUCGAAGGUCAUCCGUGUGAACUUGUUACCAUUCUGCCUCAGAGACUUGAUCGUGCGAUGCCUUUCCAGAUGAGACUCAAUAUGCACAAACAGAUGCUUGUCUACGAACGUCUUGCGGACAUCCAACUUGCGUCAUACGCUCGUAGAUAUGGUUAUCACUACAUUUUCCGAGCUGGCCUUCGUGAAUAUUAUAUGACGAAGGUUGUCGUUGAACACUACAAUUUCUUAAGAAACGAUCAGCGCGGUAACAACUGGCGUCGCCAGACACAGGCGAUCUUCUACGAAGCGAUUGACAGAACUCCUGGCCUCAGCCUUGAAGAAUUGAGAGCUCUCAUUAUGGCCACUCAGUGCUUUGAAGAGGAUGUCUUUUUUCUUCGUUAG